GAGCUCAUUCCUGGAAUGAGCUCAGGUCCGUGACUUAUUGAAUAUGUAUGUUAGUGAGCAAAUAACAAAGUUAUAACUCAGUGUUAGUCAGUUAAGCUAGAGUUAGUGAAUUAAUUAGUCGGUGUCACUGUGCAGUUUUAUCAACUACACUUUCUGGCUCCUGCUUCUGAAGCUUCUGUUGCAGCUUAUACCUACGGAACAGGAUAAUUGUUAAUUGGUAGUAUCGGUGCAAAACAUGGAACCCACUAAAGAAUUGGACAAACUGCCAAUAACAGAGGUGAAGACAGAAUUCAGGAACACACUUCACUUGAAGAUAUCCCUUGCUGUAACAUCCUUGUGUCUCAUCAUUGCUGCCAUUAUUCUGGGAGUUUACUUUGGGUUACAUGAAGGUCAAAAAAAUAUCCCGUCUGAACCACACCUGACCAUGAAAGCAACAGGCUGCCCAGCUGGGAAUUACAUCUGCAAGAACGGCCAGUGUCUUACAAAAUCCAAUCCAGAAUGCGACAAGACAAAUGAUUGCUUGGACCAUUCAGAUGAGUCAGAAUGCAAUUGUGGUACCCCCUUGAUAUCAAACAGAAUUGUUGGGGGCAAGGAAGCUGCCUUUGGGGAAUACCCAUGGCAAGUCAGUCUACAUAUAAUUGACAUUGGCCAUGACUGCGGAGCUACAGUUAUCGCAAGCACAUGGCUGAUGUCAGCAGCUCAUUGUUUUAUAAGUUUUCAAGACCCAAAAUACUGGGAGGCAGUCCUUGGAACUAUCUACAGAAAUGAUGAAACUUCUACAGCAGUGAAAAGGAAAUUGAAGAGGAUCAUUGUUCAUCCAUUAUUUGACCCAUCUACUCUUGACUAUGAUGUGGCUCUGCUGGAGUUAACCACCUCCAUAUCAGUUUCCAGAUCUAUCCAGCCUGUGUGUUUACCGUCUCCUGUUCAUAUCUUCCGCACAGGAAAGAACUGCACGAUCACAGGAUGGGGAGUUCUGAAUGAAAACAAUGAUUCUUUACCCAUCAUUCUGCAAAAAGCUACUGUUCAGAUAUUCAAUCAAAGUGAAUGUGCCAGACUCUACAGUGAACCAGUAACUCCGCAAAUGAUCUGUGCUGGAUUUAUAGGUGGCCAAGUGGAUUCCUGUCAGGGCGAUUCUGGUGGACCAAUGGUUUGUGAAGAGUCACCAGGCAAAUGGUUCCUGGCUGGUAUUGUGAGCUGGGGAGAAGGCUGUGCUCGACCAAACAAACCCGGCGUCUACGCAAGAGUGACCGCAAUCCGGGAUUGGGUCGAGCAUACAAUGUCCCAGACUCACACCACCACUACUCCAACAGAGAGCAAUACUGAACAGACAGCUUCAGUAAAUAGAAGCACUGUUGCCCCUAACUUAAUAGUAGAAGUUCGCUGUACAGCCUCUACUUUCAAGUGUUCCACUGACAGCUGUAUUGAUAAGCACAAUGCAGAGUGUGAUGGCAUCAAAGACUGUGUUACAGGGUCUGACGAGGCAAAUUGCAGUUGUGGAACUGCACCCCUGAUGGUUGGAACUAGAAUUGUGGGAGGAGUGAGCAGCGUCCCUGGAGAAUUUCCUUGGCAAAUCAGUUUGCAGAUAUUGUACUUCGGACAUGUGUGUGGUGGAACCCUAAUAUCACCUAAUUGGGUGGUCACUGCUGCUCAUUGUUUUAUAACUCAGAAGAAUGUGAAUCGCUGGCUCGGUUACCUCGGAACACUCCAGCGUGUGGGAUUUAAAGGCACUAAAGUAACCUUUAAACACCUCAUCAGCCACCCCUCCUUCAAUACUUUCUCUCUGGAUUAUGAUAUCGCCCUCUUGGAGCUGUCUAAGCCUGUGGCCUUUACUGAAGUCAUUCAGCCUGCCUGUGUACCAUCACCUUCCCACAGAUUCUUAGCGGGAACAAAAUGUUAUGUAACAGGCUGGGGCACCACAGCAGAAGGGGGCUUCUUGUCUUAUACGCUGCAGAAAGCUGAGGUAAAUCUGUUUGGCAACAAUUUGUGUCUGGACCUGUAUGGCAGACAGAUCACUCCCAGAAUGUUCUGCGCUGGGAAGCUGAAUGGAGGAGUGGACACCUGCCAGGGUGAUUCAGGUGGCCCACUAGUUUGCAAGGAAUCCUCAGGAAAGUGGUUCCUUGUUGGAAUUACAAGCUGGGGUAUCGGCUGUGCAAAAGCAAACGCGCCUGGAGUCUACAGCAGAGUUACAGCUCUUCACGGUUUCAUUGCACAAUAUGUUUUCUGAAAGCUGAAAGGUUCACAUCAUUCUUGAUUUAAUCAAACACUGUAAUACAUGCAUUGGGACUCAAUCUCAAUGUGUGGGCCUCACUGGGGCUAUCAACUCUGUAUUCAUUUCAAACACCCUGUGAUCUGCUUUCUCAGUCUUCAGCACAAUUUCUACAAUCAUUUUGUUUGUGCAGUAAUAUGUAUUUUAAUCAAUUGAAAAUAUGAUUUGUCAAGAUUUUUUACAGUUCCUUACAUUGUGGUUCUUGAUCCUGACAAAUCAAAUGAUAUCAUACUUUAUGUCAUCAUAAUAAUCUCAGUCCUACCUGUUGUAUCUCACCUCAAAUGCCUGCAAGAAUUUGAGGCUAAUCAGGGCACAAUCUGUAGAUGGUAUAACGUGGCGAAAAUUGUAUUUAAACUAUUCUUUGCAGAGUACCAAAAUUAUUUUGCCAAAUAUUGGAAUUCAGUAAUAUUAAAGUGGAAUGAUAUAAAAUCUGCUUAAAUCAACUGAAAAGUAGAUGUUACUUGCGUUGAUAUUAUUGGAUGAGCUUUUAAUAUGUUCAUACAAGUUGCUAACACACCAAAAACAGAAGUGUUUCUGCAUAUUAUGCCUUGCUAACAUCAUGGACAGUAUUUGAAGGCUUAUAAGAAUAUUUUAUUGAAAGGUACAAUCAUAUUGAUGAUUUUGUCACAUAGAAUGAUACAUAUUGUUCGAGUUAGAGUAUUGACAAGUGACAUUGACAAAUGGUAGUUUACUGGUAUAUCAGAUUAAUCACUUUGAUUUAAUUAUUCCUCUGAAUUGAAACAAUAUUUUUUAUUCUGUAAAUUUUUAUAUGAUUAGCAUAAACUAAAUGUUUAUAUUUUCCACAAUACUUAACAUUGUAGUGUAUUAGUGCAUUUUUUCAGCAUUGCUCAUGUACAUGAAAAAGUUAUUAAUGGAUCAGGAAACUUCUUUUUCAGAGGUGGUAGCAAUUCUGGUUUUCACACCAAGAUAAUAAAGUGUGAAGCUGGAU